AUGUCGCCAUCUCUGCCACCCGGUGUGGCCAAAUCGAUUGAGAAUUCCAAAGCAGAAUAUAGACGUCUCGGAAAUUCGGGCCUGCAUGUCUCGGUUCCAAUUGUUGGGUGUAUGUCUAUUGGAAGUCCCGAGUGGGCAGAUUGGGUGAUCGGGGCCGACGAAGCCUUGCCGCUAUUGAAAGCGGCCUACGACCGGGGUGUCAACACUUGGGAUACAGCCAACGUCUACUCCAAUGGCGAGAGUGAGCGAGUCAUUGGCCGCGCCAUCAAGGAAUACAACAUCCCGCGCGACAAAUUGGUCCUGAUGACAAAGGCAUGGGGUGUGCUGGGCGAAGAACAGUUCAUGGCAUAUCCCAUCAUGGACCAGCUGAGAACCAGCAAAGACUAUAUCAAUCAGUUUGGUCUUUCACGCAAAGCCCUCAUAACCGCCGUAGAUGGCGCGCUUGAGCGGUUAGGCACGACAUACAUCGAUCUCUUCUGGAUUCAUCGAUUCGAUCCAUAUACGCCGAUCGAAGAGACAAUGGAAACCUUGCAUCAGCUCGUCGUCGCCGGCAAGAUCCGUUAUCUUGGUGCAUCUAGUAUGUGGACGUAUCAGUUCGCCAUGAUGCAAUUUUGCGCCGAGAAGAACGGAUGGACCAAGUUCGUCGCCAUGCAGAACCACUACAGUCUCCUUUACCGAGAAGAGGAGAGAGAGAUGAACAAAUUCUGCGCUGCCACUGGCGUCGGCAUAUGCCCUUGGGGUCCGCUGGCUCAGGGUCAACUCGCCCGUCCUCUCAGCCUCCGAGGCAACACCAAACGGUCUGCCGGUGGCGGCGGAGACCCCUCGAACACACGUAAGGAGGCCAUUGAGAUCAUUCAGCGCGUUGAGCAGCUCGCCCAAAAGAAGGGCUGGACUAUGAGUCAAGUCACGUUGGCCUGGACAUUAAAGAGAGUCACGAGCCCCAUCAUUGGCUUUAGUACCGUGCAGCGAAUCGAAGACGCUCUGAGUGCAAGGGGCAAACUUCUCACUCCUGAAGAGGAAGCUUUCUUGGAGGAGCCGUAUACGCCGUUAGAGGUGGAAGGUCACUUCUGA